AUGAUAAAGGGUGCUUGUUUACUCACAAAGAAUCGAAGUCUAAUUUCCGUGGCUGAUGUGGUGGCUUUCCACUCCAGAGACACUAAAGAUCUCCCGUCACCAGAAGAUAGAAAAACACAUCAAGUUUACCUCUAUUGGAAUAUGGAAAGUCCAGCGAAUGCGGGCGGAUUUAAAUUCCCAGCCUUUUACCUGAAACUUAGUGCUCAUUUCUCGAUGGAGUCUUUCUCCGGACAAGCUCUUCCAAUGCCUUCAAAAGACUUUUUCUUAAUGAAAAAUGAAUCAAUUUUUGGAUUAAUAUCGAAUUGCAGAAAUGGAAGCAACGAGAGGGGAAAUCUGGUGCAAUUGAUAACAAACUUAUAUCCAGUCGAUCUAUAUGGCAAAUGCGCAUGGGAGAAGAAAAAUAAAGAUUUCUGCACGAGAAAGCUCGGAUGUAGCAAAGAGCUCAGAGAAGCUGUGGAGAAACGACUAUUUCAUUUGGUGCUUGAGAAUACGGAUUGUUUGGGUUAUGUAACGGAGAAGACAUUCGAUCGAAUUGGAUAUGAUUCAAUUCCGAUCGGGAUUCGGAGGGAUGCUUAUGAAAAGGCAGGACUUCCAGUAGGCGCCUUCAUUUUCCUUGACGAUUUCGAGUCUCCACAGAUGUUUGUCGAUCAUUUGAGGUAUUUGGAAAGCAAUGAAACGGCCUACAUUGAAUAUUUUCAAUGGAGAAAUGAGUACCUCCCCCAUCCGCUUCCACCGAUCUCCCCUACCGGCCCCGAUUGGGAGGAGCACCCAGGGGCGCAGGGACGGCCUGGGCGAAUCCCUUUCACACAUCAUUUU